AUGGCUAACAAUCAGAAUACUAGACCUGUUGGAGCUCUACCGAGUGAUAUUGAACGUAAUCCUAAGGUUCAAGUCAAUGCAGUAACCUUGAGAAAUGGAAGAGAAUUAGAAGAAGUUCCAGAGAAAAAGAAGUCUAUUGCUAGACCUGAAGGAGUAUUAGUUCUUAAGACUAUUGAGGAGAAUAAGAAAGAAAAGCCAAAAAUUGUGACAAGGCCACCACCUCCGUUUCCACAAAGAUCGCAAAAGCAAAAAGAUGAUGCUAUGUACAAGAAAUUCUUAGAUAUUUUGAGUCAAAGAUAUUAUGGAAACAAGCGAAAACAUACAGAGUUUGAAAUAGUUGCACUUACUAAAGAGUGUAGUGCUAGAGUUCAAAGUACACUCCCUCCUAAGUUGAAGGAUCCUGGGUGUUUCACAAUUCCUCUGUCUCUUAGAAAACAAGAAGUUGGUAGAGCUAUGUGUGAUUUAGGAUCUAGUAUAAAUUUGAUGCCAUCCUCUUUGUUUAAACAACUCGAAUUGGGGGUGCUUAGACCUACUACAAUCACUUUACAGCUGGCAGAUAGGUCACUAGUUAUGCAAGAAGGAAUUAUUGAGGAUAUGUUAGUCGAAGUGGGAAAGUUUAUUCUUCCUGCUAAUUUUAUUGUUCUUGAUUACGAGGCAGAUGAGGAAGUACCCAUUAUUUUGGGGAGACCAUUCUUAGCUACUAGUGGAGCGCUUAUUGAUGUUACGAAAGGAAAGUUGAAUAUGAGAGUUGGCAAUGAGGAAAUUACUUUUAAUGUGUACAAGGCACUUAAGCUCCCUAAGCACUAUAAGGACUUGUGCAUGAUUACUGUGAUAGAACUGAAGGGGAUAGAGUGGAGUCCUUAUUUGAAUUGUAGUGAUUCGGAUAGGUCGAUUGAGUUGGAUGAGGUGGUGUUUCAAGCUUAG